AUGCUAACUCUUGUGAUAAAGAAGAUGAUUUGGGUAUUUCGGGAAAAAAAAGAGGCCGUGUUGAGUUUGAUUUUUAUAAAUAUAAUUGCGGAUCCUGGAGAACGAAGUUUUAUUGAUGAAUAUGAAAUUAAUAUUAGAGAUGAAGUGAGAUUUGCGUAUGUACUGAAAGGACCUUGUCAACCAAAAGGCAAUACAUUUCCUAAGAAAAAAUUCGGGAAUCAAAAUAGAAGUUUUCAAGACACUUGGUUUUGUGACUAUGUGUGGUUGGAGCAUGUAGCAGAUACUUCAUCACAUACUUUAAAGAAAGCGAUUGACAAAGUUUUUGCUAAGUAUGGACUGUCAAUAUCUAGAUUGCGAGGACAAGUAUAUGAUGGGGCUUCAAACAUGCGUGGAGAAUUCAACGGUUUAAAGUCGCUGAUACUUAAUGAGAAUCCUUAUGCUAGGUAUGUUCAUUGUUUUGCUCACCAGCUUCAAUUGGCGGUUGUUGCUGUUGCAAAAAUAUUACCGAUUGUGGAGAAUACAUUUAGUUAUUUAUCCAUAAUUGUGAACACUAUUGGAGCUUCAUGUAAAAGGAAAGAUGCACUCAGACAAAGCCAACAUGAUCGUAUAGUGGCACGAAUAGAAAGUGGUGAAAUCUCUUCAGGAAGAGGGUUGCAUCAAGAGACAAGUCUUGCAAGACCUGGAGACACAAGGUGGGGUUCUCAUUAUUAUACGGUACUUCGUAUAUUGUCGAUGUGGCCAUCAGUAAUGGAAGUGAUUCGUAAUGUUCUUGACGAUGCAACUGAUUCAAAGCAAAAAGGUGCAGCUUUUGGUUUGCUGGAACGAAUGGAAAAUUUUGAAUUUUUAUUCACCCUCCAUUUGAUGAAAAAAAUCUUAAGUGUUACAAAUGGAUUGUCACACGUUUUGCAAGAGAAAAAACAAAAUAUUGCGAAUGCUUUGGAUAUGGUAAAUGCUGUGAAGGUCAAGUAUCAAUCAUUUAGGGAAGAUGGGUGGGAUGAUCUUUUUGAUGAGGUUCGCAGCUUUUGUGUUAAAAAUUCUAUUGAUGUACCUAAUUUGGAAGAUAGUUUACGAAUCCGUGGUCGACCAAAACAUGAAAUUCAAACAUAUUCUCAUCGUUACCGUGUUAUCGAUGUGACUGUGCAAGAGAUGAAUAGUCGUUUCUCAGAAGGGAACAUCGAGUUGCUUUCUUGCAUAAGCUGUCUAGAUCCAAGACAGUCAUUUUUUAGAUUCAAUGCCUUGAAAUUGCGUCGUCUAGCCAAAUUUUAUCCAGAAGAUUUUUCUACAUUUGAUUUGACGAUGUUGAGCGAUCAAUUGGAUAUAUACAUAAAUGAUGUGAGGCAAAUUACUGAUUUGGUUGAACUUGUGGAAAUCGGACAACUUGCAAAGAAGCUGGUUGAAACAGAGAAGCACAUUAUUUAUCCCCUUGUUUAUCGAUUGAUAGAACUGGCAUUGGUUUUGCCUGUUGCAACUGCUUCAGUCGAAAGGGCAUUUUCAGCAAUGAAUAAUAUCAAGACCGAUUUGCGUAAUAAAAUGGGGAAUGAGUUCUUGAGUGACUGUAUGUCAUGCUUGAUUGAGAAACAAAUUUUUGUUAAGAUUGAUAAUGAACCCAUUCUACAGCGCUUUCAAGCUAUGCAGACGCGGAGAAUCCAAUUGCCUCGCAAUGAUCGACUCUAA